CUAGCAUAUAUUUUCGACACCGGAUGUAUCGUGUGGAUUGGGUUUUUUACAUAGAAUUACAAUAUUAAUUCGACAGUGAUGUCAAGCAUUACAAAGAAUUUAUGCUGGCGAAAUCUUUGACGUAUUGAUACGAGGUCAACAAUUGCGACUCACUCUCGUGAGUUUAUAUCAUGUAGUUGUAUUAUACGACAUUUACAAUCGUUAUUGUCGGGUAAAUAUAAUAAUAAUGAUUGCCUAAUAAAGUGUUAACGACGAAUCGCCUAUAACCAAGUGUUAACUGAGUCGGCAAGGCGAGAUGUCUGUCGACCUUGUAUUGAAACUGACGUGGGGUUUGUUUGUAAAAAAAUCCCGAAGCGCUUUCUGUAAGUCCUUGGAGGACGGCAGUUUAAGCGCACAGAAGCUUCGUAGUUCGUUAAUCAACAGACUUGAAGAUUUGAAAAAGAAAUUUGACGACUUCGCUCGUAAAGAUCUGCUGACCAGUGCGAGUAAUCUUCAGGAAGGAUUGGGAUAUUUAAAUGCUUUGCUCGACCAGCAGCAAGACACUUCGACACUUCCUCCGUCUCGAGAAGACAACAAAGCGAUGAAACAUUCGAACGCAUCCAGUAAUCUUCCACAAGCUUCGUACAGCGGCAGAGAUUCGCUCAUCGACGUAGAUUCAGCACUCGAACUUACGGAGGAGAUUAAAAAGAUGAAUUCAAACGACCACUUCAAAGCCGCUAUGAAUUUGUUUGAGAAAGCCAACACGAAGGCAACUGAAGCAUUUCACAACAAAGCCUUGACCUUAGAAGAUCAGGUUUGGGCAACAAAGCUUCGUGUCCAAAGUAGAUUUCUUCUCAGUAUGGAAAACCCCAGCCUUGCAAGGGAGUCGUGUAGAUUGUACUUGGAUGAACUGCAUCGUUUAUCGUCCGUUGUUGCAACGUUUCGCAGUCACUUGGAAGGAGGAGUCUGGUACGAUAAGGUGCUGUCAUUGUUUACCCAUGAAAAACGACAGGAACUCGUCUUUUCUGUGUCUUUGAUCAAUUUUAUCGUGUUCAAAUUUUUGAAGAAAUUUACCAGCGGUGCAAUAACUGUGUACGACUGGCCGAAUCUGGUGGGUAGUGGUGAGUGGACAUACAAUCCACUUAUUCCAGCCAGAAGUAUUCAUGUGGAACUACAAAGGGCUGGAAUCGAAUUGCCUCACUUAGUUGUUUUUGAAGACCUCUGUGGUGGAAUGCAUUUGGCCAAGUCUGUUAAAAGGUUUGCCGUAAAGAGUGAUGGAGAUCUUAUUUUGGGAACCGUGGAUCCUCAAGGCAAUGUCGAUGUUGGAAAAAUUACAACGCAAACAAACGAGACGGUGGAUAUUAUUAAAACCGACAGUACUUCUGUCACGAUUACUACACAACACCUGCUUUUCCUGGCUAUCGACAGCGGUGAUAAUAUGUAUUUGUUAACGGACAGAGAUUGUACGCAUUCUGGCGCUGUUUCUGUGGCACCCCGUUGCUGCGAGCUAUUCGCUUUCGACUCGGAAGUCAAUGAAAUCUACCGUUGUGAGGUUGGUUGCUGUCAAUCUAACAAAGCAAUCGCUCCAACUCCACAUGGAUUUGUCAUGGUGCGUUACAACAUGAAGUCCAUCUGUGAUGUGGAAUUCUAUGAAAAUCGCGGGGGAAAAGUCGAACGCACGUCUACUUUCCAAGUCAAAUUAUGGGAGAAUUUACUGAUUGCAUUCACCAAUAAGGAGCAAGUCAUCGCAGUUGAAGAGGGCGGUUGUAGCGUUCGUGUUUACGAGAAAGACGGGCAGUUGGUACGAGAAUUUCAGUUGUAUGGAGGAAAGAACGAGUGCUGUGUAUCCAUGGCAUCUAACCACCUCACGGGCGAAGUGGUUUUCGUCACGGCUGUUGGAGCCGGUUUCUACCUGUCAACAUAUGUCCCCGAGACUGGCGAACGUCGCCAUUGCACGAGAUUGACAGUGUUUGGCCGCAAGAACGAAGGCAAGAAGAUAAGAAUGUCCUUACCCUCCCUCCUACCAGAAGACCCUACCAUUUGCGUGGACAAAACGCCUCGUCUCACAUCGCAUUGCGAGGGGCCCAUGGCCAUAGUUUCUUCUGAAUACGUACUUUAUAUUCAAUGAUGAAAAGGUUGAGAUGCGUGUGGAGGUGGGGAAAGUGGU